AUGAGCAGUUACAAAAGUGACAUAUUGAACUAUAUCAGCAGUCUUAACGAUGCAAGUCAGGCCAGUUCGAACAUCAGCUUUUGGCGUCGUUACAGCUGUUUAAGUGUCAGCCAGAGUAGCUGGGGUGGCUCUAUCAGCACGCGGCUGAGCGGCAGCGUGGAUGGUGGCACCCAAAGAAGCAUCAGUGAUGAACAAGCAAGCGGUGGAAAUGAGCAUAGCAGCGCAGGUUCACUGCAUACGAACCAGAGACGCUACGUAUCAUGGAGCUUUAACGCCGCAAGGACUUUUUUAGGACUAGUAAUCAAAGAGGGGGAGGACAUGGAGUCGUUAUCGAAGUUUUUCCUGAAGAAGGAGCCAUGUCUAAAGAACACAUCAAUUGUACUAAGAGCACUUCGAGAUCCUGAGCAACCUGCUUCAAAAACUGUUUUCGACGAAGUCGACGGAGAGGACCACAGCCAUAUCAAUGCGAGCGGACUGCAAAUAUUCUUGCAGAUAUGUUUUGCUUUGAUGUGCAUUGGCGACACUGGUUCCGACAUAUUCACUGCGUAUCUCUAUUCCAAAGGACACGAAUUCUGGUUCUUCUGGCUGACUCUGAUUAUAGUUAUCGUGGCGUCACUCUUCAUCAUCGCCAUCAACACGUAUUGCUACUACCAAGAGUACAUAACAUUGGAAAAGUACCAGUCAAAGCAGGAUGGACAGCCGCUGUGCAUCUGGUUCGUCCGGAUUCUGUGCAGCUUGCUUUUCAUUGGGCCUUUCUUAAGAUAUUUGGAGAGUGCAUGGUAUUACAUUCAAGUCCGUCGGGCUGGGAAUCGCUUUGACCGAAUGUAUUACCUCGCACGGAUCAAGGCUACACGGAGCACUAUUGCCAUUCUUAACCUAGUUGAGUCCUUUACCGAGGCGGCACCACAGUUAGCGCUACAGCUUUAUAUUCUGUUGAACCAGGGACAACAAUCAUGGUUAAGACUGAUAGUUCAAACAGUAUCGUGCUCAUUCUCCUGGAUGAGUUGCACCAACGCCUUAGUCUCCCAAGCACGUGUCUACAGAUUGAGCCAAGAACCGGAGACAAACUCCAAAUCAGCACCAUUAAGUUACUUGGAUCUCUUCCUAAUAUUUGUAUGGCGGUUUCUGAUGAUUGGACCACGCAUACUUGCAUUUUCUUUACUGGCCUCCGUAGUACGGUACUUCGUUGUCUUAUCUGUCAUUCUGUUUCAUUGGAUACUUGGGACAAUAUACGCCGUAUCUCGCCGAUUCCCGAGAGAAAAUUUAUCUGUGGCGGAGAUUCCGUUCAGUUUCGUCAUAGGAUUUGUUUUCAUUUUCACAGACUGGAAUACAACAAAUGGGUACAAACGAUGGCCAUAUAUUACAUACUACGUCAUAGUUUUUGUUGAAAACGUAUCUAUGGUUGUGGUGUGGUUCGUUCUCACGCCAAAUAGUCAUGAGUGGUACCAUUUGCCAGCACUGGUCUUCAUCAUCGUUGGAUUUGGCCUUGGUGUCCUAUUUAUGAUAUUCUAUUAUGUCGGCCUCAAGCCCCGUCAUCUUAAUUGCUGUAAACGUAAACCAGCGAGCGAUAAGCGAGGUAACGUGCAAUAUAGCCUUGCGAAUAAUGUUGAAAUGACAUAGACUAAACCUGACAUAUUUGAAUCAUAUUUUCGAUAAUGGUUGUUUGAAAGCAUUAACAUUAUAUUAGCUCAACUUGGCAAAUUAGAAUUGUACUUUUGAUUACGGUUGUUUAAAACUAUCAACAGUAGUCGUAAGCACAACAUUGAGGGGUCAGUCAAUAUUUUCAACAUGUCAUAAGAGUAUCCGGUACCAUGCUGAGUCUCCCCGCACCCCCUCCCCCAUAGAGUACUAUCUAAAAUGCUAAUUUUUACAUCAAUAUUUAUAAUUUCACAGAUGCACCAUAGCGUGCAGGGACUGCAACCCCCCUUCCCAAGCGUAACUUUUGUAGUCUACAUAUGAGAUGAUGGGGAACCACCAAUAAUACAUCCCCAUAAACACGGCAAUUAUCACAGCCAGGAAUGAAUCCAUCCGAUCAAAUGGAGAAAUAAAUAAAA